CCCCCCAUACAUGAAGACUUUGUAUGGAGGGCUGCGACUCCAUGUCUGGGGAGGGGGGAGGGAGGAUGCUCAGAGCGAUGCAACCUCUCAGGACGGCGGUAUGAUGAGAGUAACAGUCUGCGCGUUGUUUGCCGCUCUGGAUGGGGCUGGGAUGCAGCUAUUUUGGAAGAGGAGCGGGGCAGCAGGGACCGCCAGCAUCCGCGCCGCAGAGCCUGACAUGAAUGACAAGUGAACAGGCUCUUUCAAGACACUGAGGAGCUCCGGAAUGUGCACAAGUCUGCUGGGCUCCAGUCAAGCUGCUCCCAACGACAUUUUGGACAUCUCGAACCCGAAUCCAGCACAAAAAAACCUGCAAGAUUUUUGAUGUAUUUGAAUUAUUUAUUGCUUAUUUAUCUUUGACUAAUACAUCUUUUCUUCAUAUUUGAUUUGUGAGUUUAUUUUUUAUUUUUUUGCAUUUUUUUCUUGCUGGGCGUGUUUUUCUUUUGUGAAUCUUGGAAGACAAACUUCUAACCAUGGCAUUAAUUAUGGAGCCAGUGAGCAAGUGGAGCCCCAGCCAAGUGGUUGACUGGAUGAAAGGUCUGGACGAUUGCCUGCAGCAGUACAUCAAGACCUUUGAGAAGGAGAAAGUAGGGGGAGACCAACUGCUGAGAAUCACCCACCAAGAGCUGGAGGAUUUAGGAGUAUCCAGAAUCGGUCACCAGGAGCUGAUACUGGAGGCUGUGGACUUACUUUGUGCUCUGAAUUAUGGGCUGGAAACUGAGAAUCUGAAGACGCUCUCUCAUAAGCUCAGCGCUUCUGCAAAGAACCUGCAGAACUUCAUUACAGGUCGGCGGCGCAGCGGCCAUUAUGAUGGCCGAACCACUCACAAGCUGCCCAAUGACUUCCUUACCUCAGUGGUGGACCUGAUCGCUGCAGCCAAGAGCCUGCUUGCAUGGCUGGACAGGUGUUCCUUCUUCUUCAGGUCUCCGUUUGCCGCGGUGGCAGAUUACUCAGUGACCCGAAACAAUGUGAUCCAGCUGUGUCUUGAGCUCACCACGAUUGUGCAGCAGGACUGCUCGGUGUACGAAACGGAAAACAAGAUCUUAAAUGUGUGUAAGACACUGUCCGAGGUGUGCGACCAAAUCAUCUCACUGUCCUCGGAUCCCAUGGUGUCCCAGUCUGCACAUUUGGAGGUCGUACAGCUAGCUAACAUCAAAUCCACUGAAGGCUUGGGCAUGUACAUCAAAUCGACAUAUGAUGGCUUACACGUAAUCACUGGGACCACAGAAGGAUCCCUGGCUGACCGCUGUAAGAAAAUCCACGCUGGAGAUGAAGUCAUUCAGGUCAAUCAUCAGACUGUGGUGGGCUGGCAGCUGAAGAACCUGGUGAAUCUGUUGCGAGGGGACCCUGCUGGUGUCACCUUAACGCUGAAAAAACGCCCACAGAGCACGCUCACAUCCACCCCGGCUCUGCUCAAAAACAUGAGAUGGAAACCAUUAGCUCUGCAGAGUCCCAGCAGCAGUGUCGCGACGCCCACCAGUACUCUGAGCACUCCAUCUAGGAGAAGUAGUUGCGCCCUGCAGGACCUCUACAUCCCUCCUCCUCCUGCUGACCCCUACACUCCCAGGGAUGACAAGGGAAAUCUUCCAGAUGAAGAUCCUGGAUCGGAAGUCCGUGCUGCAGAGGGUUCUGAGUCACCAAACUCCUACCUGGACCAGGAGUGUCGAAGACGAUUUCCCCAGGUGGAGGAGGAUGCUAUACUUUACUGCUACGAGUACGACCAAAACCAAGAGGCGUCAUCGGUCCAAAGGGGGAGCACUCCCACUUAUGGCAGGCUAAGGCCCAUCUCAAUGCCACUGGAGUACAACUGGGUGGGAGACAACGAAGACCUGGCGAAGCUGAGGAGAGAGAGCAGGAGGGAGAAUUUCCUGCUGCGCUUUGCGAGCGAAGACAAACCAUCCGGAGAGAACUUUCUGCUGAGCCGCAGCCUGAGUCAGAACAGGAGGAAGAGUGAGCGACGAAGCAGCCCGACCCAUUACACGCUCGUCCCUGCCCUUCAGAUGGAGGUCGCCCUAUCCACGUCCAGCUCUGAAUCUGCAUCUCUAUAUCAUGUGUUUGAACGCUCCUCAUUGCUGUCAAGGUCUAAGAAAAAAAACAAAGCCCCUACAGCUGGAAGUCCCAUGUCCUUAAUUAGCAAGAGGCGGAUUUCAUGCAGGGACCUGGGUCAGGGUGACUGCCAGGGCUGGCUGUGGAAAAAGAAAGAUGCUAAAACCUAUUUUUCACAAAAGUGGAAGAAAUACUGGUUCAUCCUAAAAGACACGUGCCUCUACUGGUACAUGAACGAGGAGGAUGAGAAGGCAGAAGGCUUUGUCAGCCUCCCAGAAUUUAAGAUUGAUCGUGCCACUGAAUGCAGGAGGAAAUAUGCUUUCAAAGCUUGCCAUCCGAAGAUAAAGACCUUCUACUUUGCUGCAGAAAAUGUGGAUGACAUGUCUCGGUGGCUGAGUCGCCUCAGUAUGGCAGUGGCUAACUACUCCGAACAGGAGAACAUGAGCCAAGAGCAGGAUUACUGGAGCGAGAGUGAUCACGAGGACAUGGAGAUGCCCCAAAGAUCCAAACAGGACAGCCCACCACCACCUUAUGACACCUUUCCCAGAGCUUCCUCAGUGAGUCCCUAUUUGGAGCCAAAACGUGGCCAUCUCUCCUCCUCGGACACUUUUCAGUCGCGCUCCUCUCAUGAAGAGUUCCACCCCGAGCCUCAGGAUAGCAGCGGCAGCAACAACGGCGCUUCCCCCGGCCAGAAGACGAGCAGCCACCGAAAUUCGUGGCAGGACCAGAUGGAGAGCAACACAAGGAUGCACUACCUCCAAGCAUUUCCUGUGGAAGAUUCCCUCCAAUCUGAGGACAGAGACCAGCUGGAGAUGGAGUACCGCAGGCAGUCCACUCUGCCUGCUCAGCGCAGCCUGUUGCAGGAGCAGUACCGAGCCCUGCCGCUGCCCCUCAGGGACAGCAUUGAUUCUGACGCGGGAGGGAAACCUCGCAGCUUCACACUUCCGAGAGACAGUGGACUCCAUGCUAUUCUGGCUGCUACUGCUGCGUCGGACCAGAGAGAACCUAGGCAAUACCCACUGGACCUGGACAGAAACGCAGGUCAUGGCCGCAGCUGCAGGAUACAGACGGACUCCAUGCUGGAUUUGUACCGGGCUCUGGAGCAGACCAGUUUGUCCUCCUCUGCUGACCACCGGUCAGGCAACCGCCUGGAAUACAAGCGCUCCUUUGUCCGCAGAGUUAAUGACCCCCUACUAAACGACAAGCUUCACCGCUUGCGAGUCCUCCAAAGCUCACUGAAGAAUGUUCCUCUUCAAGAUACAAAUCGUUCGUUGGGCUUUUUGGGGUAGCCUCCUGAGGAUCCCCUCUACAGUAUUGCCUCCUCCUGUGCCCUGGCGUUGCCAUAUUCCUCCUGCUGGAAGCAGAAGGCACCAAAAUUCUCAUUUCACUUUCUCAGCUUUCCAUCUUUUCUCCCUUUUCCUGCUCUUUCCGCUUCUCUCGGUGUGCACAAGCACAAAGACUUGACGCCCCUCUUUACCUCACGCCUCUCUUCUUUAGACGAGGGCUCAGACACAGGAAGACAUACGAUGAAGCAACUUGAAAAAGCACUUUGUGUCCAUGUCAAAUGCACGGUUACCUCCCCCCCCACCUCUUUUCAUUUGUGUUCAAUUUCAUGCUGGAGUUGUGUACUGUUGCUCAUUCAAAUGAUUUGAAGUUGUGCACAACAUCUCAUUAUGCAUGUGUGUGUAUGAAUCAUGUGCGUUUGUUUUAUGGGUGUACAGGGUGUUAAACAUAUUUUACAUAUUUAAUAUUACAUUCCAACUUCAGUGAUUACGCAAUGUUUUGGGGUACUUAUUAAAAUUGUACAUCAAGUGCUGUGCCUCAGUGAUAUUGAAUGUACAUCGUACCUUUGUGAGACAGGCGGGAGAAGAUUUUGAAACAAGCUAUUCCUUAAAGCAGAGGCACAAAAAUACACUGCUUGGCAAUAAUGAACAAAUCUAAAGGACAAAGGAACGAUCAGAAAAGUUGUCUAUUUUUGUAUGCAUGCUGUCAACCUUAGUGUUUGUAUAACAGUUUUGUAAUUUAAAGUGGUUCAUAGGAAUUGGUGUAAACCCUUCCAGCUCCGCCCUUCUACGAACAAAUAAGCACUCGAA